AUGGAGGGCACGAAAGCUCCCUCUCUCCAGUUCACAGGAGACUUGCUUCCACACCUCGUUGACAAGCGCGCCUCAUUGACACCUGAUACUAUCUAUUCAGAGUAUCCAGUCUCGACCUUGACUUAUGAUGAGGGCUACCGCAAAAUCACCUACAAAGACUUCGCGAAUGCUAUCAACGCCGCCGCCGCAUGGCUGGUCGAUACCCUCGGUCCUGGCAAGGACUUCGAAACUCUCGCAUACAUAGGACCCAAUGAUAUAAGAUAUCCUGCCCUCAUCCUCGGGGCUGUCAAGGCUGGGUAUAAGUUGUUUCUCACAUCACCCCGCAACAGCUUAGCCGCUCAAUUCGCUCUCUUCGGCACACUGAAGUGCAAAACCCUGCUCUCACCGGACCCGCGACCGCCAGCUGUUACUGCUAUUAGUGACCAUCAGGACUUUCACAUCGUUGAAGUUCCUAGCGUCUCGCACCUCCUCAAUAUCCAGCACCAUCACUUCGCAUUUGACAAGUCUUGGCCAGAAGCUCAAUCGGAGCCUUUGUUUGUUGUACACACAUCUGGCUCCACUGGCAUGCCUAAGCCUCUAGUCUUCACUCAUGCCGCGGCAGCUGCUAAUACUAAGAUGAUGUCACUGGAUCCGCCAGUUGACUACGAAAGUCAAGACCGGGUGUAUCAAGGCAAGAGAGUCUUCAUUGCUUUCCCACCUUUCCACGGAGCAUACCUUGCCAGUCAUCUCUUCAACUCCGUCACCUUUGGGACAGUGAUGAUAGCUCCUACAUCGGGCGCUAUUCUUUCAGGUGAAGGGCUUGUCGAAAGUUUGAAAAAGACUCCUGCAGACGUCGCCUUUCUCGUUCCCUCGAUCGUCCAAGACCUAGCUCAGAAUCAAGAACUUCUCGACUACUGCUCAAGACAUCUAAGAGCAAUCAUCUACUGCGGAGGCGACCUUCCACAGAUCAUUGGCGAUGUCGUAGCUUCAAGAAUCAGGCUAUUGAACCAAUUUGGGGCGUCGGAGCUGGGUUUGACGCCUGCUAUCAUAUCCUUGACUGAUAGAGGCUCGGAGGACUGGAAGUAUACUCAGUUCCAUCCACAACUUGGUCUGGAGUUACGUCCAGUUUCAGAUGAGAUCUAUGAGCUAUAUGCGGUCCGUAACCCGGAAAAGAUAGACAAGCAGCCAACUUUUACUAUCUUCCCUAACGCGCAAGAGUACACCAGCCGCGAUCUUUUCGUUCGUCAUCCAUCAAGAUCAGACCUUUGGAAGUGGCAGUCAAGGGCUGACGAUAUUAUCGUCUUUCUGAAUGGCGAGAAAACGAACCCGAUCUCGAUGGAGCAGCAUAUCGUAUCACAACCAAUCGCUACUACCAAAUCACUGGAACCAGCUGAGCGCGCUGCUUUCAUCGAGAAAAUCUGGCCUACCGUUGAGGAGUCCAACAAGGAUGCUCCAUCUCAUGCUCGCCUUAUGAAGUCCCAUGUCUUGUUUACGCAGCCGCAAAAACCAAUGUUGCGCGCCGGGAAGGGCACAGUCCAAAGAUCUGGAACGCUUGUAUUGUAUGCGAGCGAGAUUGACGCCCUUUACAGAGAUGCAGACAUGAUGUCUACCAACUCGGAAGGCGAAAUUGAAGACCCAAGAGGCACCCUGAAUGAAGUGACCGUAUCGAAGUGCGUCAGACAGAGUGUCCUAUCGACCGUGGAGUGGCCGAGCCUUGACGAAGCAGCAAAUUUCUUCGCACUUGGUAUGGACUCAUUACAGGCCCUGGUUUUGGUUCGUAAGUUGAGGCAAAGCCUGGCCAUGCACAUUAUUGCACUCAGUACUGUAUAUACCAAUCCUUCAGUCCUGACCCUCACGGCUGCAAUCUUGCACCUCUUGGAUCAACACCAGACCUCAGAGGCCUCCCAAGAACAGGCGCGAACAAAGAAGCGCAAUGAUAUGAUUCAAGAAUACAAGACACUGAUCGACAAACGAUUGCUGCCUAAAUUCGAUGUCAAAUCCAACGUCCCUCCGAAUCAGGAACAGGAGACUGUAAUUCUCACAGGCUCCACGGGAACCUUGGGUUCGUACAUUCUGGAUGCACUACUACAAAUUCCGACCGUUGCGCACAUAUACUGCUUGAAUAGAGCGGAGGAUGGCUUGUCAGUACAGAUGAAAAAGAACCGGCUUCUUGGGCUGCAGCAUCCUCCAAGUAACAAACGAAUUUCUUUCUUGACGGUAGAUCUAAGCCAAAAGAAUUUCAACCUGACAAAAGCACAAUACGACGAAAUAGGAUUGACAGCCACGCUCGUGAUCCAUAAUGCGUGGACGGUGAACUUCAACCUUUCUCUUUCCUUUUUCAAACCUCAGCUUGACAAUCUCGUUGGUCUCCUUGCUUUUGCCAACACCUCUGCAGGAUCGGCACGAUUUUUCUACAUAUCAUCAAUCAGUUCAGUGAUAUCAAAUCGCUCAACGUCUGGAAAGGCUCUGGAGAAGCCUAUCACAGCAGACACUGCACCCGGUCCGAAUGGAUACUCAGAGAGCAAGUAUGUCGCUGAGCAGAUUAUCGACUACGCAGCGCAAACGGUAUCCUCUGGCCCCUCGAUCGCUUUCAGCCGUGUGGGGCAGAUAGCUGGAGCUGCGAAUCACUCUGGCAUGUGGAACAAGGAUGAAUGGUUUCCAAGCAUGAUUAUCAGCUCCGUCCAAAUAGGUGGCCUCCCGGACUCACUUGGCUCAACCUUCGAUCGGAUCGACUGGAUACCAAUCGAUUUACUCGCGGGUAUUCUCGUAGAAUUGGCACUAGUCAGAGGCCAGUCAGCGGCAAGUUGCACUGCGCCUGCGCACCAGGCGGACGUCUAUCAUCCUCUAAACCCACAUACGACUACUUGGGCAGAGCUCCGAACCACCAUCCUUUACGAGCUCGGCUCUCAGACGAAGAGGACAAUGGAAAUCGUACCGUUGCGUACGUGGAUCGCUAAAGUGCGCAAGGCAGCGGAGUCCACAGUCGACCGCAGCGAGCACGCUGACGACGUGAGCCUCGAGGCCGCGCUACGGAGUAACCCUGCAGCCAAACUCCUGGACUUCUUCGAACACCCCGCCGCGUCGGACAGAGUCCAGACUAACCGGUUGGACUUUUCCGAGACUUUGAAGCUGAGCAAAGCGAUGCGAGGACUGGAGCCGAUCAAGGAUGAAUGGGUACGGAAAUGGAUUCGUGAGUGGUUUGCGCCUGCGACGGACGGUGGCAGGGCAUAA